ACGGUAGUCGGUCGGUAGUAUACACAGACCCACAUCAUCACCCCAUAAACCCUUUUCUCUGGGUUUCAAUAAAACUGGAGUUUUGAUGGCGCAAUUUCGGAUUCCUUGUGAAAAACGUGAAUUGCGAAUUCACUGACUUUAUCAGUUAGUUAAUAAGAAACGCAGAAAGGUUGCUUAACCUAACAGUCUUUGCACCUUUAUUUUGACUGGCUGAUCAAGUUCCCUCUCUAAAACCCAGAUUAUAUAUUCAUACUGUUUUCGGGAAUUCAUGCUUCUAGAAUUUAUUUAUUCUAUUUUGUAAAUUCAAAGUCAAUUGGGUCUUAAUCAUUGUUAGGAAUUCAGGUUGAAUUUAUCAGUUUUUGGACUUAUACUUUCGUGGGUCUGCUUCCGAUUUUUCCGGGCAUUUUCAGACUUAGAUUUUAGAGUAAAUUAUUUUUUUGCUUGUAUCUGAUAGAAUUGAGAUGGAUAAUAAAAGGUGUGAAAUUCAGCCAAUUAAUUUAGAAGAAAGAUAUGAUCUUGGAAAAGAAGUUGUAGCUGAGCAGUUUAUGACAGAAAUUAGAGUUUCAGAUGAAAAUUUUCAUGAAGACAACAUUGCUGAAGUGAAUAAAGAUGGAGGUUCUUUUAAUGGAGAAAUUGAGCAUAUGUUUUCCUUGAGACAGUCUUCACUUCCAGAAAUAUUUGCCAAUUCUUCAAGAAGAGGUUUGGAUCAGUGUGUCUUACCAUCUGUAGGAGUUCUUGAAACCCAAAGAAAUUUAUUGGUUGAUAAUCAUGGGAUCGUUAUGAGUAAGUCUAAGAGUCAGAAGGACAGUAGAAGACAUGAUCUAAAAUUGGAUAGGCUGUCACAGCGUGACAAGGAAAAGCUUAUCGCGAACUUGGUUAAAAUUCAAAAUGAUGGAACAGUGGAGGUGGAUUUAGCUAAAAAUGACCCUGUAGCUUCUGAGCUUUUAGAGCUUCAUUCUGUUGAAAGUGCUGCGCUUCAUGUUGAUGACAUUGUUCCUAAUCUUAAUAAAUCUGUCCCAAGAUUAAAAGUUGCUCUACUUGUUGUUGGUACAAGGGGAGAUGUUCAACCUUUUCUAGCUAUGGCAAAGAGACUUCAGGAAUAUGGUCAUCAUGUUCGACUGGCCACUCAUAGUAACUUUAGCGGCUUCGUCAAAUCUGCUGGUGUAGAAUUUUAUCCUUUAGGUGGUGACCCUCGAGUUCUGGCAGGAUAUAUGGCGAGAAAUAAGGGGCUUAUACCCUCUGCACCAGGAGAGAUAUCAAUUCAACGGAAGCAAUUGAAGGCUAUCAUUGGAUCACUUCUUCCUGCAUGUACAGAACCAGACAUAGAGACUGGUGCUCCUUUCAGGGCUCAAGCAAUCAUUGCCAAUCCUCCUGCUUAUGGACAUGUACAUGCUGCAGAAGCUCUUGGUGUACCUCUUCACAUAUUCUUCACAAUGCCAUGGACGCCAACCUAUGAGUUCCCUCACCCACUGGCUCGAGUACCACAGAGUUACGGUAACUGGUUGUCAUAUAUAAUUGUUGACUUGCUGAUUUGGUGGGGCAUUAGAAGUUAUAUCAAUGACUUCAGGAAAAGGAAGCUGAAACUUCCUCCUAUUGCAUACUUUAGCAUGUACCAUGGAUCAAUAUCUCAUCUGCCAACAGGAUACAUGUGGAGUCCUCAUGUUGUUCCAAAACCAAGAGAUUGGGGCCCCCUAGUUGAUGUUGUUGGUUAUUGUUUCUUAAAUCUUGGUUCAAGAUACCGACCAAGUGGAGUAUUUGUUGAGUGGAUGAAGAAAGGGCAGAAACCCAUAUAUAUUGGAUUUGGGAGCAUGCCUCUUGAGGAUCCCUGCAAAACAACCACUAUUAUAAUGGAAGCAUUAAAAGAUACUGGACAGCGUGGAAUACUAGAUCGUGGCUGGGGAGACCUCGGCAUUUGUACUGUUUCCGAAGUUCCAGAUCAUAUAUUCCUUCUUGAGAACUGCCCUCAUGAUUGGCUUUUUCCUCAGUGUUCUGCUGUGGUUCACCAUGGUGGUGCUGGAACUACAGCCACGGGACUAAGAGCCGGAUGUCCAACAACUAUAGUGCCAUUCUUUGGUGAUCAGUUCUUCUGGGGUGAUAGAAUUCAUCAGAAAGGUUUGGGACCUCAACCCAUUCCUAUUGCUGAGCUCAGCAUUGAUUCUCUUUCAAGUGCUAUACGAUGUAUGCUCCAAGCGGAGGUUAAAACUCGGGUGAUGGAACUAGCCAAGCUGAUAGAGAAUGAAGAUGGUGUUGCCGCUGCAGUUGGUGCAUUUCAUCGGCAUUUACCUCAUGAAAUGCCAAAAUCUCCAACACCAUCAGAACCAGGGGAAGAUGAAUUUUCGAACCCCAUUCAGUGGUUUUUUUCUAAGAUCGGAAGUUUUUGUUGGCGUGUUUGUUCAUAGGCUUCUGCUGGGUGUGAGGUUUUGUACAGCUAUCCAUUUCGAUAUUGUUAUAUUCAUCUGCUUCUUGGUUUAUUCUAUCUAAUGGCUUUGCUCGGGUGAGAAUAAAUAUAGUCAGUAUCACAAUUUUUUAGAGGUAUCUAUCACAAUUGGUUCUUGUCAAACGUAUGCUCUACUCCUAUACCAUUCUAUAGGAAAAAGAUGGAAAAUAAAUAUACUUCCUCUGUUUCUUAAUAUUUGCUACAUAUUCCUUUUCUGUAAAUUCUUAUACGAAGAAAGCACUACUUUAUUAUAAAUUAUGCGGGUCAUGUUAUUGUUCA